GAAAACAUUUACUUUUCCUAUUAAGCCAAAAGCGAGAAGUUCUUUUGGCGUUUGGUAGUGAUAAGGUAUCCUCCUGCUCUUCUGUUUUUCCUUCUGAAAACAAUACCCUCAUCAUCAAAUGUUUAUGAUGCCCUAGUUUAAAACCUUGCUGGCUUUCUUGCUAGGAGGGGACAUUCAAAACUGAUACAUUCUAUUUCUAUGUCCAUCUGCGGCAAGAAAUCCCUCUAGAGAAGAUCAAAAGCAAGUUGCGGUUCAAUACUCUAAACCCUUAUUCCAUUUAUGUUUGACAGUGUGGGGUUUUGUUGAAUUGUUAACUAUGUCAUCCAUUGCUAAACUCAAUGCUGAACUCAGAGCAUUGAGUAAAUUAGGUCGUUUGAAGGAGGCGAUGGACAUUCUUCUUACAUCGCACACAACUCCCAUUCAACCAGUUACCUAUUUGCAUCUACUCAAAGCUUGCAUUGCAAAAAAUGCUCUUUCAGAGGGUAAACAAAUCCAUUCUGACAUUAAUGAGAGAGGGCUUACAUCCACCACAGACACUCUUUUACCCAAUAUACUUAUCCUCAUGUAUGACAAUUGCGGACGUUUGACAGACGCCCGCUCUGUAUUCGACGGCAUGAGUGAACCAGACAUCUUCUCAUGGAAUAUGAUAAUUGCAGCUCACAGAAGACACGAACUUUAUCAAGAAGCAUUCGCCCUGUUUCACCAAAUGCAACGAACAGCUGUCCAUUCAGAUCGGAUCACCUUCAUGCAUAUUAUACCUGUCUGCUCCGACGUGGAAUCUCUAAAAUAUGGUUUGCAGAUCCAUGGGAAAAUCGUUAGGCUUGGGUUUCGAUUGAGUAUUGGCGUGAUGAAUGCCGUGAUAGACAUGUAUGCUAAGUGCGGAAGGAUGCAGGAAGCGAGAGAUUUGUUCGACAAAAUGCAUGAAAAAGAUGUUUUUUCAUGGAGUACUAUGAUUACAGGGUAUGCACAAGGCGCUGCACUGGAUGAGGCUCUAAAGCUGUUUGAAGAAAUGCCUCAGCGAAACGUUGUGUCGUGGACUGCGAUCAUUGCCGGAUGCGUGCAAAAUGGGCUUCCUGAGAAAGCCCUUGAGAUGUUUCUGGAAAUGCAACGGGCAGGACAAAAGCCUAACUCCACAACUUUCGCUAGCAUACUUCCAGCCUGUGCCAAACUGGGAGCUUUGGAAAAGGGUAUGGAGAUCCACCAGAGAGGAAUGAAAAGUGGAAUUUUGUCAAAUAUUUUGGUUGGAAAUUCCCUGUUGGAUAUGUAUGUAAACUGUGGAAGCAUACGUUUGGCACGCGAGCUGUUUGACAAAAUACCUCAACGGAAUGUGGCGUCAUGGAAUGCAAUGAUUGCAGGAUACGCUAUGCAUGGCAUUAGUAAGAAUGCUCUCGAACUGUUUGAAGUAAUGGAGCACUUCGAAAGCAAACCCAACGGUGGAAGCUUCGUUUGUGUUUUAUUUGCAUGCAGCCGUGCAGGUCUAGUGGAUGACGGCUGUAAAUACUUCAAGUUGAUGAGCGACUCUGAUUGCCUUAAGCCCAGGCUGAAACAUUAUGUUUGUAUGGUUGAUCUACUUUGCCGUGCUUGCUAUCUUGCAGAAGCCCUAAAUUUUGUCAUCAAAAUGCCAAUAAAACCCAAUGUGAUUGCGUGGAAGUGUUUGUUGCGUGCUUGUAGAUUACAGAAGAAUAUACGGUUAGGAGAAUUUGCGGCAGGAGUCCUUUUUGAGUUGGAUCCUUCAAAUGCUUUUCCUUACGUUCUUCUGUCAAACAUCUAUGAAGAAGCAGCAAAGGGGUCGGAUGAGGCUCGUUUGGUAAGGCAAGUGAUGAAAGCUAGAGGAAUCAAACAAAUACCUUGGUAUAGUUGGAUUGAAGUCCAUAAAGUGGUACAUACUUUCUGUGAAGAAGACAAAUCACAUCCACAAAUGCAUGGGAUUUGUGCAACGUUGGAGGAACUGUUUUGUGAAAUGAAGGCAGCAGGGUACAUUCCAAGUGCAAGAUCUAUAUCGAGUGAUGAGACCGAAGAGGGCAAACUAGCGGUCCCCAGCCAUCACAGUGAAUUGUUGGCAAUCGCAUUUGGGUUAUUGAGCACACCACCUCAGACAACCAUUAGAGUCGUCAAGAACUUUCGAGUAUGUAGUGACUGCCACAGAGCAAUCAAAUAUAUCUCCAAGAUCGUUUCAAGAGAAAUUACUGUGAGAGCUGCAAACAGUUUUCAUCAUUUCAAACAAGGACAGUGUUCUUGUGGUGAUUAUUGGUGAUGGUAAUUUGAACAGUCUACACAGAACUGCAUAAUAACUAGCAACACGGUGUCAGGCUAGCAGCGGUGAAUAAGAAACAGCCAGUGCAGAUGUAAAUUAAAAUGCUGGAGGAGAAGGCAGAAGAAUGGCGAGUGCGAAACAAGUGGAGUUCCCGAAGGAGAUGGAAGUGCACUUAACCAGCAGAUAAUGUGGAGAAGGAUGGACAAACACGCCAUUGCGUGAAGGCUGAAUAAUGGAGCAUUAAGCUAUGUAGUUCAGGUCAAUUGAAUAGGAAAAACAACACACUAGGAUGAAGAGCAAGAGGAACUUACAAGGAUGAAGAGUACCACAAGAAUCCAUGGGAAACUUUAAGAUGGUAAGAGAACUUGCCAGUUUGGAGUAGGCGUUGUAAUCAUGGAUUAUAAAAUGACCAAAUCGACUGUUUACUUCAUGACUGAAAUCAUCGCAGAUGCUACUAACGACUAAAUUUUAUGUGAUACCCAUGAAUUAGAAAAAAUCUUAUUUCUUGAAAGGUUAAUGAACUAGCUUUCAGAUCGCAAACUGAUUAGCCUGUAGGCUACUUAUAGUUUGAAGUUUGAGCCGUAUACAUGUCUCACCCCUGUAAACUACAGUGUAUACCACUUACCUCAAAAAUUUAUGGUAUGUAUGCAUUAUGCAGAAUUCAAACCUGAUGAGGAUUAUACAUUCCCUAUUGUUCUCGAAGAAAAGCAUUUAGAAAACAAAAGGCAGCAUAUUAAGGAAUGAUUUUUAAAGAAAAAACUCUACAUAUUAGCGACAACUUUCUA